AAUUAUAUGAAAAAUCCAAUCUCUGUCAUGCGUUGGAUGUCCCGCUUUUUCGUAAACAGCGGGGUGUCUAGCCUACGCUAUACACCCGCGCGUAUAUAUCGUAACGAUCUGAUGCGGAGACUCGCGCGCGCAGCUCACGUAUUUCACAUAAAAACGCGGAACGAGUCCUGCACGCAAAAUGAAGUUCCGGUAGGAACUGGAAUCGCCGACGGGGAAGAUAUACGACACGGAAUCAAUAACUCGGCUCCCAGUUAUUCCCGCGCUUCAAUAUUUCGUCGGAAGGAAAGCACGAGAGAUAGUAGAAAAGAAAUAGGACGCGACCGGUUAACCGGGAGAGAAAGCAGGGAUGUUCGGAGGCUGCGAGGGUGGGACAAGAAUAGAUGAACAACAAGAGGGAGAGACGGAAGAGGGAGGGUGCGAGGGUGCAAAUGCGUGGGUGUGCAUCGUGGUUAUAGAUAAGGAGGAGAUCGGGCGAUCCCCGGUUUAUUGAGAACAAGGGAAAGAGGAUGAAAAGUUGGGAGGAUUAUGGGGUGCGAUUGAGGCUCACGGUAGAGUGAGAGAGGGAAAUUGGCGAAAAUAUACGUACGCGCGUGCGUGAGCGGAGGAAGAGACCAAGGGGAGCGGAAUCGCGAGUGUGGGAGAGCGGUAGCCAGAGGGGAAAGACGAGAAGCUGAAGAAGGGGCAGAAGAUAGGCCGGAACUUCAGACGUCUACGGACCUGCCCGCGCGAACCUCGUUCCCUCCCUUUAAGUUCCGCACUAUUUUUUUCGCGCUAUCAUUUCUCCCGUUAGAGCUAUUAGGCCGCCUUUUCCGUAAGAGGAUCCUGAUCACGAAAUCGGGAUGGACCGCGUCGCGAACAACGAUGUAAACGAGAAGAGCUACAUCCUGGACGCGAGAAAGAACUUCGAGGACGUCGGCAGUGUCGCAUCGGAGGAGUCCUACGAUGACACGAGACAACUAGUCGGGGAGGAGGAGGACGAGGGGAAGUCCGGCAAAUUUAGCAGCCUGCAGCUCGCGAGCUUCAAUUUCAUCAAUUCCAUCAUCGGCAGCGGCGUCAUCGGAAUACCGUACGCGCUGCAUCAGGCCGGCUUCGGUCUCGGCAUCGGCCUGUUAAUUUUAGUAGCGGUGCUGACCGACUACUCGUUAAUCCUUAUGGUGCGAAGCGGACACAUUUGCGGCGAGAUGAGCUACCAGGGACUGAUGCGGGCGAGCUUCGGCCGCGCCGGCUUUUACAUUCUCACGACGUUGCAGUUUGUCUAUCCGUUCAUAGCGAUGGUCUCUUAUAACGUCGUCGUCGGCGAUACGGUCACCAAGGUCUUAAUAAGAGUGACGGGGAUGAACGAGACGAACAUUUUCGCUCAUCGACAAGUCGUCAUUCUCCUGGCGACCCUCUGCAUCACUAUCCCGCUUUGCCUGUACAGGAACGUAGCGCGGUUAGCGAAAAUUUCCUUCCUCUCUCUGGUCUGCGUCGGAUUCAUUCUUCUCGCCAUCUUCAUUCGGAUGGACACGAUGUCCGCCAUGGUUCCGAGUCAGAAGGACAGUUGGAGGUUCGCCAAUUUCCCGGGGGUCGUCCCAGCCGUCGGUAUAAUGGCGUUCGCCUUCAUGUGCCACCACAACACUUUCCUUAUUUAUGGCUCGAUCGAGAGAGCGACCCAACAAAAGUGGGAUGUGGUGACGCAUUGGUCCCUAUUCACGUCUUUCCUAAUCGCCGCGGCCUUUGGAGUUGCCGGCUACGCGACCUUCACGUCAUACGUUCAGGGCGAUCUCAUGGAAAAUUACUGCUGGGACGAUGAUCUGAUGAAUUUUGCCAGAGUCAUGUUCAGCGGCACCAUAUUGCUCACCUUUCCCAUCGAGUGCUUCGUUACACGCGAGGUGCUCAUGACGGCGAUCAAAGGCACGGACGAAUUGGAGGGACACGAGGCUUACGUGCCUAACUCAGACCGCAAGUACCUGAUAAUCACCUUGUCGAUAGUAUCCACUGCAUACCUGAUCUCCAUGUUGACGGACUGCCUCAGCAUCGUCCUCGAGUUGAACGGUAUCCUUGCCGCGGUGCCGCUCGCCUACGUUUUGCCCGGUCUCUGCUACCUCAAACUCGAGGAGGGACCCAUCUUCUCGUCUAAGAAGCUCCCAGCGCUCGGCCUGAUGACCGCCGGUAUUCUGGCCGCCAUUUCCGGUCUGCUGCUACUCAUAAUCAACAGUAGUUCAGGUACCUGCUUUCACGGCAAGAUAAUGCCGUAUUGCGUCGACAACUCGACGAAGCUGCAUCUCGCCACGACUACGGUGUCCACCGACAGCUUCAACAGUACGACGCACGGGAUCUAAAAGUUUAAUGGACGAGCACGGUAAAUCUUUAGCUUACAAUUAGUCGUAAGUCUGCCCAAUUGUCGAAUGAAAGUAUAAUGUGAUUAAUUUUGCGGGACAAAUAAUGCAGGCAUCAUUUGAAUUGCCAAACCGGCAAAAUAAAUUACAGCACGCACAUACGUAUACAUAUAAUCAAAUUGAUAAAUCGGGAUUUGAUAUUCGCUUAUUAAUAUCCCACAUUUUGAUGCAGCGUAUCCGAUACAUAAUCGCUUCGAAAAUUUGAAAAAAACGUGAAAUUUUAUAUACCGUAAACUUGUGGGGGGAAAAAAGAUCGAAUUUAUACGAAAUCAGAUGAAGCAAGAUUUAUGAAUAAAUACAUUGUUCCAAUGAGAGGAUUAUAAUAUACUGUUACGGAAAAUAAUACUGCGCGAACUGUUUGCAAAUCAGGUUUAAAGGGAUUAGCGAGUAUGCUAACGUAUCCUAAUUGAUAGAUCUCACAUUGUGAAAAUAUUUUGUGCUUUAAAAUAGACUUUAAUAUUAAAUAUGUGGGACGUAAAUUUAUAGGGGAAAAAAAAAGGAAGGUGACCGUUUGUGUAUAAACAAUCAGGAAUAUUUAAUUAUGUUGGAUAAUACUGUUCCCUCCACGAUUGCAUUCCACGAGAAUCCAUUCCACGAUCAGCGCGAUAUGAUUGAGAAAUUUCGAACGCAUGAUUAUCGCAAUAUACGUAUAAUCAAUGCAAUAUGGGAUUCGGCUUACGAGCGAGAAUCCCGAAAAAAAAAUUGGCAAUAGAUAUAUAAUCGUUCUUUCCACCGUUUUUAGUAAAGUGUAUAGACCUAUGAAUGUUUGUCGCACGCAACUUUACCGAGAUACAAUUAAGUAAAGUCGUAAUCUUUCAAAUUAGUUGUAUGCACAAUGAGCUUGAAACUCACGAUUGAAGACGAUUAAUUGACACUCCGCGGCGCACAUUAGAAAGACAGAAUUUCAAUGUAUCAAUCGAAGUAAUUAUUGAACUUCCGAUACUCUAUUAUUAUACGUGAAAGAAAAAAGGCGAGAGGACUCUUGUAUUUAGUCCUGAUAAUAUUCCAAAGAUAAGGUUCUAAAAAAAAUCUCUGUGGUUAUAAAAUGAGCGAGAAUUUUAAAGGAUAUAUUAUAAUUUUAAAGAAUAGUUAUAUCGCGAUUAGAAGAGAUUAUGACUAGACAACUAACGUAUAGAAUACGUGAGCUAAAAUCUGAUUAUAUUUUUAAAAAAGAUGUUGAACAGACAAAUGACUUAUAAAUGAGAGGCUAUAUGUAUAUGUAUACACAUAUGUAUAUAUCUAUAUACAUAUACACUAUACGUAUAUGCAUAUUACGUUUGUAUUUUUUCGUGACAAGAGACAAGGGACUAAUAUUGAAUGUUGAAAGUAACAAGUAUAUAACAAAUCUAUUAAAUCUAUUAAAUGUUUAUAAGGAAAAUGAUUCGCCGCUUGAAGGCUAUUCGCAAUUUGUCUUGUCCAAAUUUUCAAUAAGCUGUGCGUUUCAUUUAUUUAUUUUAUUUUAUUUUUUUUUUUUAAGAAAGAAGAGAAACCAGCACUGAUCAUUUUUCAAUUCUUUACAAAAAGAACUCGUAAAACUGUAUUUAAAAUUAUUUUCUUACAUAUAUGCAAGCUUUUUUAAUACGAUCGAAGUUAAGCAUUGUUUGUUUGCAAUAUACGGAAAUAUUAGUAUACGUAACAUGAACUAUAGAUUUUCAUUACUGGCAGUGUAUACGGUAAACCACGAUUGAAAAAAGUUUCUUUGAUUUUCAAUCUCCGAAAACUCCAAUCAGAGACUCCGGCUUUUUGAACGAAUUUCCGAGAAGAGAGCCAGAUUUGAUGAGAAAUUUAACGAAUUGGAUAAUAUUGAUCUAAUAGGUGAUCUGGCAAAACUAAUAACUGUGAUUGGAACGCAACUAUAGUGGCAUAACGAUCGCGAUAAAAUUUUUUAGUCACCACUCAGAUUUUCUCCUUUUGCUUGUUUAGUUGCUCGAAAGAUUUUGGCUUUGAAGAAUAAGUGUUGGUUCACAAUCUUGCUUUAAAAGGCUUUACACCGUAAGAUCGUAAGAAAUUGACCAAUCACAGUCGACUUUUCUUCUCGCAUUCAACUGUGAUUCGUUAAUUUUUUACGGCCUUUUAAAGCAAGGUUGUAGACCGAUACUUAUCUAUACUUUUAAAAGACAAAGGAAGAAAAGGGGAGCCAAUGUGACUGUAAUAUAUUAAAAUAUUAUAUAAAACCAUAAUGGAAAAAUGACACAAUCACACGAGGGGCGGAAGUAAAUUUCUCCUUCCGCAAAAAUAACGCUUUACAAAAAGGAAAAAAAAACACUGAUAAGAAAAAGACCAUACAGGGGGAAAGUAUUUAUCGCGCGUGAUUCGCGUACUAUAGCAUGUAAGGCAAAAGAAUCAAAUAUGUCUACCUGUUUAUUGAAUAAAUAUAAAGAAAGAUAUAUAAGAAGCCUCUAUUUGAGAUAGAAAAUUAUAAAGAGCCUAAGUUGAUAUAUUAUAGGAACAGUCACGGCCUAGAGAAAACGGGAUGUGUUAUCGGUAAAUAUACGCGUGAUGAAACAAAAAA